GGGAAAGGAGGCCACCGUUAGGUGGCGCUAUGCGCCCGGGCGCCAUCAUCGCUGCUCGGACGAAUUGUCGGAGUGCAGCAAACGAUCUGCUCAUCGAAAAGAGUGAAGCGCGCACAAAAUCAAAUAACUCAACCCAAUUGAUGGUGGGAAAUUCAAAUGGACCAUUGGCGAUUAAUCGUAUUGGCUUAUUGGAGAAAGCUCACUAAGUACUGACAUGGCGCGCAGAUCGGUAGCGAAGGACAGGUGGUUGAAUUCAAGUUACGUGUGCUUCUAACGAGAUCAUCUUACGCGCACAGUGUUUCAAGCUGUGUGUCAUGUCUUUUACGCUAUAUUUGACGGGACGAAUGGCAAACCUCGAUGCUACCCUCACUGAUGCUGCUGCGACUGUUGUCAUUGUGGUUGUUAUCUUUACUGAAUGUUAAUAGAGUUCAUCAGUGUCUCUCGAAAGCCGAGAGUUUAUGAUCAUUAUAGAAGAAAGUGUCAAACGAUAGCAAGAAACACGUGCUAUAAUAUGUUCUAUUUUCUAUCCGUGACACGCAUCAUCGAACUAGAAACAUUGUCGACGGAAAGAAGGAAACUGUCCGAAGAUUUGCGUUGCGUCUGCACCGCUCAUAUCCAGCUGAUUUUUACCAGAGGAAAUAUAGUAUAGAGGCAAGGAGUGCCAAAAAGGUGUCAUGCAUGUAUGCAGAAGGUUGUUCGAUAAUGAAAUUAAAUUAUUUGCUGAGCGAACAUUGAGCAAAAAGAAGAACGGACAUAAAGCAGAAUUUUGCUCUAGAGCUGAUGUACUCUGAAAAUGUUGAGUACUGAAAGAGGGGACCACAUUUCUCGCUUUAGGAUAGAUUGAGCCAGCUUUUCACACAAAAAGAAGAUAAAACUGUGACAGAGUAUUCGAUUUUGACUAGUGUGUGACCUAGUAACAACCUAAAAAUGGCCGACCGGAAAGCAACUAACAAAUAUUAUCCUCCCGAUUGGGAUCCAUCAAAAGGCUCAAUUAACAAAUACCGAAACAGCCAUCCAUUGCGCGAACGAGCGAAGAAACUUCACCUUGGCAUUCUGGUCAUUCGCUUUGAGAUGCCAUACAAUAUAUGGUGUGAAGGAUGUAAAAAUCAUAUCGGCACAGGUGUUCGAUAUAACGCUGAGAAAACCAAAGUCGGCAUGUAUUAUACAACACCGGUAUACAAGUUCCGAAUGAAGUGUCACCUUUGUGAUAAUUACAUUGAGAUGCAAACUGAUCCAGGGAAUCUCGACUAUAAGAUUAUAAGUGGAGCAAGUCGCCAAGAACGUCGAUGGGACCCAACUGACAAUGGGCAGGUUGUACCUGAAGACAAAACCGUUUCAAAGCAACUGGCUUCGGAUCCAAUGUUCAAGCUAGAUCACUUGGAUGAGGAUGCAAAGAAAAUGAAAGACCUCGAACCUGUUAUGAACAACCUAGAAAAAUUUCAGAAACGGAGAAAGGACGAUUAUGAACUAAAUUCAAUUCUGCGUAGAAAAUUUCGGAAGGAGAAAAAGGAACGAAAAGAGCUUGAACAAAAGGACAAUUUGUUAAAAUCAAAAGCUGCACUUAAUAUCAAGCUCUUACCCGAAUCAGCUUAUGACAGAGAGGUAGCCCAGCUUCUUCGCCUCGAAGCUCCCAUGAAUGUGGAUCAAAGGCGAAAACAAGACCGAGACAACCUGAUGUCGCGACCAAUUUUCGAAUUGACGGAAUCUGGCUCAGUAAGAAGAAAAUUUAGUUCACUCGAGCGGCAAGUUCUUUGUUCCAAAGCAAGGAAAACUGAGGUGCCAAUGGCUAACCAAAAUCUACGACAAACCGUUAUAAAGGGAGUAAAAAAGGUUUAUGAUUUUAACGACUUAAACAUGCCAUCGACCUCUCACAAGGUAAGAAGAGCUAGCGAAAUUAUUGAAGAUAAGGUGGAAGUGAUAGAGGAAGAAACAGAAGACUCAAAAGGAAAAUGCGUGAUUAAACUACAUGAAAAUAGCGAAAAAGUCGAAACCCUCCCGCAAAAUGUCAGCCGGAUUGACAAACGUACACAGAAAACCGCACUUAUUACAUCGUCAUUAUUAUCACCAACAACGUUCCCCUCGCAACCUUUCGAAGCGGAACUCCAAACAAGAGGCUUGGCCAGUUGUUCAAAACAACAGGGUUCAAUCCCACUUAUAGCUUACUCUGACUCCGAUCAAAACGAUAGUGAUUGAAUUACCGGGGCUAUUUUUGUGUGUACUCGAAACGCACAGAGGAUCUGUAUACAUAGAGUAUCUGCUUGUUAGUUUACGUAUGAUGGUUAUGGUGUUUUUAUUAAAUUGAAGAUACAUUAUUCAAUGGUCAAGAUAGC